GCCUCAGAUCAGUAAUCUGUGAAACCCAUCUCUUGUUCUCCCCAUAGCCAGAUGAUUCCUCAUUCAAAUUCAAACGUCAUUCAGCAGGUGACAUUUAUCAGGGAUGGAAAGCUUCCGAGAUUCGUGCCACAAGUUGGAGCACCCUGAGGGUCGUGGGCUGCUGCUCUGUGACAGGCGGGCGUGGGGGGAGCCUCUGCCAUGACAUCACUGGGGAGGAGAGGUAUAAAGCUCAAACACCUUCAGCACAGGAACCACAACAGCAGAAUAAAGAGGUUCAGGGAGCAGAGCAUGGCCACACACAGCUACCUUCUUCUCCUUGUCACUAUUUGGACUUCUGUUCAGGAUGGUUUGGGUCUUCCAGUUGUGAAGGAUGUCCCUGAAGGCAUCGAUGGUGGUCCCCCGGUGCACCGAGCCCGGACCCGGCGCUGCGCCUGCAGCAACCGGCUGGACUCUGAGUGCCACUACUUCUGUCAUCUGGACAUCAUCUGGAUCAACACACCCAGUAAAACAACUCUUUAUGGUUUGGGUGGUGCUUUGCUGCGUCGUAAACGGUCCACUGGACGCUGCGCCUGUUCCAACCCUGAUGAUCAGACCUGCAGACGUUUCUGUUGUCUCCGCCCUGAAAUCUCAUCGGUGAAGAGUCUGCAGCUUGACACGCUCAGCACCAUCAGAGCUUCAGCUGACAAAUCAAAGACAGCUGUAGAUACCCUGGGUUCAGAUGAGUCCCCUCGGAGGAAAAUCGCCUGAAUGAAGAGGCUGCUGAAGCAGUGACAGCAAAAGAGGGCGAGAGAGAGAGAGAACGAGCACCUGAACAAAUGGCACUCCUUUCACAAAGAGGAGGGAAACAAAGGGUUGCUUAGAACGCAUCCCGUCCACGAAGUCCCACUGAGCCACAAAUAGUUCAGGUUUCACCUGCAAGUAGAGCUGGAUGAAGGUCGGCAGGCACGUGAUGGAUACAGAGGAGACAAAUGGGACCUGACAGAAGAUGUUGCAAGGUGGAUGUGCAGGUUUUAGGAUGGUUUUGUGCAACUGUGCAAUUUCAGACAAUUCUGGUAAAAAAAAAAAGAGAAGCAUGCAAAACAGUAACUCUGUUUUAUGUUAUCAACGUAGUUCAUGUAUUCUAGAGAAAAAUCUCCUCUAAACUAAGAGUUUUAAUUGAAAAUGGCUGUUAUUGUUUUUCUUUCAGGAUUAAAUAUUGUGCAAAAAUAAAUGGGAAUUCAUGUUUCCAUAUUCUUUUGUUCAGAUAGAAAAAUACUUUAGGUUUUAUUUUUCUUUAGUUGCUGUAGCUAAAGUAUAAGCUACACGGGAAGAGCCGUUCAGAAGCCCAUAAAUCACAUGAAGCAACAUGUGUGAUUCAGUUGUGUGAGGGGCAAACACAGUUUUUGAGAUCAAAAGGAGGCCAGGCAUGGGUGGAUGGCUCAGGAAUUCUCCUCUCUGCGCCAAUAAUGCGUUCACCUGCUUUUCAAAAGGCAGCGCCGGCUGUGUUAUCACAGGGAUCUGUGGAAAGAAUUCAGCAUUUUGGAAGAAGAGUGUGUGUGACAGAGAGCUGCAAAACACACUGUCGCCUUGUGUUCAUCUCCGCUUGCGUGCACUGCACAUAUGGUCCGAGCACACCUGAAUACGCAGGCAGGCCGCCGAGGGUUUGAGCUGAAAACUGCUGAGUCAUAAAUCAAGCUUCUGUGUUACCGAGCUGUUACUAUGGUGACAUCAAGCAGCGCUGAUAAGGAAUGUCAGUCAAGUGUUGACGUGCUUCUAAUUGAGGACAUUUUCAUUUCAUCCUUGUCAUAAAUGUGUAAGAGAAACCCCCUGCAGCCAUCUUUUCCAAGCAGAUCGACUCUCACUGCGUAACACACAGAACUAUGGAGCUCACACCCAGACACUGCAAGGACACACCUCAGCAUGACCUCAGGGCUUUAGUUUUGUCUCAAAAAACUUCAUGUACAAAACAAGGAAGUGUAACUAUGGUCGCUGGGUGUUUGGCAUCAUUCUUUUUUCUUUUUUUCCCAGUUGAGCCAAUUCUUUGGUGUUUCCAAGAAGCACUCGGAGCAAACCCAAUUAAAAGAAUAUGAUGCUGUAAAAGAUAAGCCAUUCAUCUACAUCAUUAAAAAAAUACAUAUUAAUGAUUAACCAAUGGGAGCAUUUUAACCCCUGGCUCUGUCCAUGGUGCUGGAACAAGCCUGACAAGUCAUCCAGAAGUUGUCCUUCAGCUGAUUCCGUCGAUUGUGUGCCGAUUGUAGUUUUCUGGCACCGUAGUGUCUAGAUCUGCUGCCUGCAUGCCGAUUACAUCAUCAUACUACGGCAAUACCACCAAGCCAAAAUUUAUUGCAUCUCUUUUCCGACUCUGUUCUUUCACAUAUGUUUUGGAAGGGGUUUUGCAGUUUUGUUAUUAAAUUUGUGUUUCUUACUGCCUAAAUGUUUUUGAAGAAGUAACGUAACUUCCACAGGUCGUACAUCCAGCCAGUCAUCCAGUGUGACGUCAUCGACAGGUGCAAGACCCCGAGCCGGCCAGAAGGAAACAUGGCGUCUAAUAUGAUGCCCCCCAAAGACAAAAGACCUGUGCCCUAUGUACUUACGGUUACGACUGGGCGUCAUUUUAUUCAUUUUCAACAACAGUCCGAUGGAUAUUUCCAGAGACUAGAGGUAAAAAUACAUAUUGUCACGUCAAACUAGGAUCAUCCAGUGGUUCAUGAGAAGUCUAGAAAUCUAGACAGACCAUAGUAGAAGCAAAAGGAUUUCGGGCCACAGGUCAGUCUAGCCACGCUCCAUUUGAGCCUCAGCAGGUCCACUACUGGCCCGUUGACUGAUAUUCAUAGCGAUGAGUACAUUACAUUGUUUGUCCAAACAUUGUGAUGUUUCAAACUGAGACACAACCGUAGAUUCUGCUCCUCGACUGAACUCUGUCUGUGGGUCAUGGCCAGACUUUAUAUUCAUACAUGUACGAUGGUUUGCCAGGCUGGUUCAGAGGAUCUUUGGGUUACUCAUACUAAACCAGAGGCAGACUGGAACGAAGCUCCAAACACAGAACAAUACCACUUCCGUACACACGCACACACCAUUCGGUAUAAUGUACUGUAUCAGUAAUCUAGUUAGAGUAUUUGGUACUUUAUGGGUUGUUUACGUGAA